UCUGCACACUCUUCCUAUUAUUUUUCUAAAUAAAAUUAAAAUGGCAACACUGACUAAUUCUUCAACAAGAAAGCGCUCUAAAAACAGUGUAUCAGAAAUCGAUUCUUCUGAUAGACUGGCUGAAAUUCAGACAAAAUUGACAACAGCUGGUAUUUCUAUUUCCCCAUCGAAUUCUAAUCCUGAUUUAAUUUCGACAAUUAAUCUAUUAGUAACUCUUGUGAUACAACAGACAAAGCAAAUUUCGACCCUACAAGAAUCACUUAUUAAAAUUGAGCAACAUCUAAGCACCAAAAAUUCCGAUUCACCGCCCGAGGAUAAGGAAAAAAGCCGCUCGAUUGUGGUUGUAGGCGUUCCUGAGUCUGAGGGUCGGAAUGAUAGGGAAAAAUUUGUUAAUGAUAAAAAAACCAUAAACAACAUUAUUGAUUCGUUGGGAAUUCCUGCUGACCCUGUAACAAUUUAUCGAAUGGGAAAACAACGGACUGACAACAAGGGCCGACCACUUAAAGUUAUUAUGCCGUCCUCUUUCCAUCAACGACUAGUUCUCGCUCGUGCAAAAUCUCUUCGGUCAUCACCUUCCCUUUCUAAUAUUUUUAUUCGCCCAUCACAAACUAGAGAGGAACGACAAAAAGAAUUUGAACUGAGAAAAGAAUGCCGUGAGAGAAAUAAUGCUCUUAAAGAAGGUGAACCACCUUGGAAAAUCUAUAAAGGGAAAAUAGUUAGGGCUUUUAACCACGAUUCUUUUUAAAAUUAUCACAUGGACCACUAGCAAAAUGUUUAUAUUUCAAUGCAAGAUCUAUUAAAAAUAAACUUACAGAUUUACAUUUCAUAUUAGCCUCAUUUAAAUAUCAAAUAAUUUUAAUAACAGAAACGUGGUUAACCUCAGAAUUUUCCGACACUUUAUUAAUUAACGACUUACCAUAUAAAAUUUUUAGAACUGAUAGACCAAAAAGGGGUGGAGGUGUGGCCAUAAUUCUAUCUAAUAUUUUUUCAGUCAGUAACAUAAAGUUACAAAAAAAUCGAUUUAAUUUUGACAUUUUAUGUAUUGAUCUUACAGACUGUUUAGGAGAAAAAAUCCGGCUGAUUAACAUUUACGUACCCCCCAAAACUUCAGAUAAACAAUUUACAGAUUUAAUAUAUAUUCUUGGAAAUCUAAUAUCUGUUCCCUAUUCUGUUGUUAUAUCUGGGGAUUUUAAUCUCCCAAAUAUUAACUGGUCUGAAAAUCAAUCGGAAAAUAACCAUACUUUUAAAGAAUUCCUUACACAUUCUAAUCUAGUUCAACAUAUUGAUUUCCCAACUAGAUCUUCUAACAUUCUUGACUUAUUAAUAACUGACAAUUUAAAUCACAUUUCUAACUUAUCCUCACUUCCUCCCUUUUCAACCUCUGAUCAUAAUCAAUUCUCAUUCGAUAUAAAUUUAAAGAAUGAAAAGAUAAAUAAAAAUAAAAUAUUAAAUUUUUCUCUAGGUGACUAUAAUUCCUUAAACCUACAUAUAUCUCAAAUAAACUGGAAUUUUCUUUUUGUAUAUGCAGUUCCUUAUAAUAUAAAUACAAUCUAUGAAAUCUUUACUAAUACUAUAAACGAUUUAAUCAAUAAAUUUAUUCCUGUUACUAAUAUUUCAUUCUUAAAACUCCCUCCGCAUUUAACAAAAAUAAACGAGUAUCGAUCUCUUCUCUGGAAAGAUAUUCAUGAUCCCAAAAUAAAAUUUAAAUUCAAUUAUGUUAACAAAAGAUUUGAAAAAGAACUUAAAAAAUUCUAUAAAUAUAGGGAAAACAAAUUAAUAAGUGAUAAGAAUCCAAAAAAAGUUUUUAACUAUAUCUCAUCACAACUUAAGGUAAAAAAUCUUAGUAUUCCCGCAAUAAAGGAUAACUCCAGAAACAUUUUAGUAAAUACUGAUAAUGAAAAAGCUAAUCUUUUUGGAAAUUAUUUUCACACCAUAUUUAACAAAGACAUACCCACGAGUUCAAAUUCAGACUAUGAAAAUUCAUCUAUUACUA